AUGGCUCAUAACAUUUAUACUAUUGGACAUUCAUCUCAUGAUUUAAUAACAUUUUUUUCAAUUUUAAAACGUUAUAAUAUCGAAGAAAUUAUUGAUAUUCGUCGUUCACCUCGAUCAAAUCAUAAUCCAAAUUUUAAUAUUGAUCAAUUAAAAGAAAAAUGUUUAUUAAAAUAUUCAUUUCAAGGUGAUAUUUUAGGUGGUCGUCGUCGACGACGUAAAUCUCUUGAUAAUCUUAAUAAUGGUUUAAUUGAUUCCGAUUCACAUGCAUAUGCUGAUCAUAUGCAAAGAAAUGAAUUUAAAAAAUGUGUGAAUGAUUUAGUUUUAUCUUCUCAAUCAUCAUCAUCGGUCGUUUUAAUGUGUUCAGAAAAUAAUCCUGAACAAUGUCAUCGUCUAUUACUUGCUGAUUAUUUAUGUCAUGUUCAUCAUAUUCAUGUUAUUCACAUACUUUUCAAUGGUGAAACAUGCGAACAUCAACUAAAUCCACUAGCGAGAUUAGAUGAAAAGAAUAACACAUGUAUUUAUCCAAGCAUUUCGUUAAUAUGA